AUGCAGAAAGUUCAGAGUCUAGAUCAACUGUUGCCGAGUACUUUGCUUUUGUUCCUUCUCUUCCCAUUUUGCAGAUCCUUAGGCACCAUAGGACCAAACCAGUAUGUCAAGGAUGGGGACACCAUAGUAUCUAAAGAAAUAAAGUUUGAGUUAGGCUUCUUCAGCCCAGGAAACUCUAGUUACCGGUAUGUUGGAAUUUGGUACGCUAAAGUACCUCAAAAACCAGUGGUAUGGGUGGCAAACAGAGAGAAGCCAAUUACUGAUUCUUCUGGUGUACUCAAAAUAAACAGGAAUGGAAGCCUGGUACUUUUUGCUGACAAUAAGGAGAACUUGGUAAUAUGGUCAACAAAGAUAUCAGGCAAAACCAAUAGUAGUAGUACUUCAGUUCAGCUUUUGGAUACAGGAAACUUGGUUUUGGUCCAAGGUGAAAAUAGAGAAGAUGUAUUAUGGCAAAGCUUUGAUUAUCCUACAGAUACUAUGCUUCCAGGAAUGAAACUUGGGUUAAAUCGGGAGGUCCAGCUGAACAGCUUCUUAACAUCCUGGAAGUCACAAGAUGACCCAGGAACUGGGGACUUUUCAUAUAGGCUAAACACUACUGGCUCUCCAGAAUUCUUUUUGUACAAUGGUUCAACUCGGUAUUGGCGAAGUGGUUCAUGGCCAUGGCGAAAUAUAUCAGUCUCCACAAGUCACUCAAAUCCUUUCAUUUUUGUCAAUAAUCAAGUUGAUGUUGAAGGAAUAUCGAUUUAGUGUGCCUUAUCAAACUAGGAGUAGCAAUAGGAGAGAAUGUUCUAGAUUUCCCAAUCCUACACGGAUUGGUAUUCCUUGUAACAUUAGAACUAGUACUUUGUAAUCCCUAUAUAUAGGGCUCCUAUUCUCAAUAAUAAUAUACACAUCUCUCUCCACAAUUCU